AUGGCAGCUGAAAGAAACAAGAGGAAGGAGUAUCUGUCAGUAAAGGACCUGGAGAAAGUUUUGGACUCCUGCACUCUGGAUCUGCACCAAAUAGACGAAGUCUGGCCAAAUCUGUACAUCAGUAACGUGAGAAUUGCUCAGAACAGGACGGAGCUACAGCGGCUCGGCAUCACACACAUCCUGAAUGCCGCACACUCCAAACGCGGCAGCAUCGGGGACCAACGGUUCUACGGGACGAGCUUUGUUUACUGCGGGAUCCCAGCGGACGACUCGUCUCAUUUCGACCUGGACGUUUACUUCAGACCUGCUGCAGAUUUCAUACACAAAGGCCUGAAAGCUGUGGAUGGGAAGGUGCUGGUGCAUUGCAUUAUGGGUAUGAGUCGAUCGUCCUCGUUGGUUUUGGCGUACCUGAUGCUGUAUAAGCACAUGUCUCUGCGCUCGGCCAUCCAACGCCUCGUCCAGAAACGAGCCAUCUACCCCAACAGGAACUUCCUGGCUCUGCUGCUUGACCUCGACCUGCAGCUGAAAAUGAAACGCAAAACCUGCAUCCUGCUGUAAACAAACAAACAAGCAAACAAACAAAUGACACGGUAACAGGACCCUAAGGAAGGAACGUGGAACCAGAGUAUGUGCUCACUGUGGAGCAGUCACAUGGGAAAGCUGGGCCAAUCAAAUAAACGCAUCAAAUAACUCUGUUCCAGUAGUGUUUUUAACACGCCUUUGUCCACUUGGAAACCAGUUCGAGUCAGAAGCCGUCAUUUCUGCAUGCUAGCUACUAAUCAAAUGAGCUAGCAACAUGGAGAUCUGAAAGGAAAUCGGUGUAGAACGUGCUCCUGUUAAAGAAUUGGCCACACGUCUUCCCUUUGUGCUGAGACGUACACACACGUCCAAAUUUUAAGGAGAAGUGGACGAGGGCGUGUCCAAAACAGUGUUAAAGGGCGAAGGCAAGCUGACAGAGUAGCUUAUGUCACCGUCAAACAUCUAAACCAGUAGAAUUACGGGAAUAAUUAAUAUAAAGACAUCCCGUCAUUUACACCAUAGGCCUUCAAAACCAGACCAAGUGCAAGAGUAUGACAGGAAACAUAAGAACAGGAAGCACUGACCAUAUAAGGAACGGGUUAGGAACAUGGGACAUGGCGUGCUCUGAGUAUGACGGGGAAACUGGGACAGAAUCAAGAUGGACAUAACUAUAUAAGGAAAUCUUGACCAUAUAAGGAAAGAAAAUUGGGAUAAACAGGACAGAUAAAUCACAGAGCACAAAGCGGGAACAGGGACAGAAUCAGGGCAGAUGUAACACUUAUGAUGAGAAGAAGAACAGGAAGUGACCAUAUAAGGAAAGAUAAGCAGUGCAGAGUAUGUGAUGUAACGACAAUAAGGGAGGUGUACAUAUUAUAUUAGGUGUAUAUUAUUAUAUCAGUGUACGUAAACAUAAAUGCUGCUAUAGUUGGUCACAUCACAGAACUAGAGGACCAAUGAGUUAAACAGAAGGUGUGUAAAUUCGACAAAAUGUCCUUUUUG